AUGCCCUUUUCUUAUCCACCAUAUACCGCCGAGGUUGCUCAACAUUUGUCGCAGAGCAGUCGCAGAAUGGAUCCUUUGUGGAUUUAUCUUGUGGGUUUCGUCAUUGUCAUCUUGACAGCUUUUGCUUCCACCAAAUUUCCACUGGUUUUUUUUCCUGGUUAUAGUGAGAUAAAGCAUAUGUAA